AUGUUACGAAACCAUGGCAGCCGAUCAAGCAAUUCACCUAAUUUUCAACAAUUAUAUACAAGUCGCUUUGUACCAUUAUUUAUACACUUGAUUCUCUUAGUACUAGUUUUUGUUUUUCGAGAUGAUCUCGCAAGUAAUUGUAGCACUAGUGAUUAUGCAGGUGCACCGAGUGCCCUCACAUGGUCCGACGGUUGGACAGGUGCAUCACUUGGCUUAGUAGUGGUUGAAAUGAUUUUAGCACUAUCGGGUUUAUCUAUCCUUCGACGCUACGCUAUUUUUUUCUCAAUCGUAUUACAUUCAACAGCUUGCGUUCUCAUAAGCGCUUAUUUUAUGUCGGAUAUCAGUAUCUGUACGGGCUCACCUUAUCUACUAUUCUUUUGUACGUUUUUACCGUUGAUUAUUGAAUUGAUCAGUUGGAUCGAAAUGUUUGCAUUUAACAAAGAACUGUGA